AUGUUGGCGCCAGAUGAAGAGCUUGCCCGGCUCUAUUUGAAUGCUAGGGGCGAUGUUGUUUGCCUCCCCUGGAGGAAUUUUUUAGACAGGAGGGGCCACUAUGAUGACUUCUUGAGGAGGUUGGCUCCACCAGUACGCUUUGUAGUGCCGGAGGAGGAGGUCGACCCCGAGGACCUUCUCUAUGCUGAUAGGGUUGUCCGAUAUGAAAACUCGGAUCGGGAGCAGGUGGAGGUGACCGUCGCUGUAGCUUCUCCUCCGCACCAGAGGUCUUAUGAUGCUGUACCGGAGCAUUAUGCAGCUGAGCGCCGUCGAGGCUGUAGAGGUUCCGUUUAUAGGGAGCCCCAGAUGGAGACUUCUUUGGGGCAGGAAGGACCGAGCUUGGACCUUCCGGUGGUGGUACUUAUCAGAGACAUUCUGAUGCUGAUAUGGGAGCUGCCCCUUUUAAAUUCGUUCGUGGGUUGUAGAAUUACAGCUAGUUUGUUUUUUCAGAUAGAUUCGCCCAAUUCAAUCAAGAAAUUCUUGAAGGGUUCUUUAGCAUUGGAUAUAGGAAGACUAGCAGGAGGAUAUGGAAUGGGUGCCUUCUCCUAUGUGGUACCUGUUUACAUUGCGGAAAUAUCACCUGUAAAUCUCCGAGGAGCACUUACAACAUUAAACCAGGUCAUGAUCUGUACUGGCGUCUCAGUGGCGUUUAUAAUAGGGAUAGUUUUAUCAUGGAGGACUUUAGCAUUAACUGGACUUGUUCCAUGUGCUGUUCUGCUUUUGGGUUUAUGCUUCAUUCCAGAAUCUCCAAGAUGGAUGGCGAAAAUAGGAUCUCAAAAGGAGUUUGAAGCUGCAUUUCAGAAACUUCGUGGCAAGGAUGCAGAUAUAACCCAUGAGGCUGCUGAGAUUCAAGAUUACAUAGAAGAACUCGAAAAGAUGCCCAAAGCUAAUAUGUUUGACUUGUUUCAAAAGAGGUAUCUACGUUCUGUAACGGUAACUCUUGAGAUCCCUUGGGUCAAGUGGGAAGAUGGGUGGACAUGGGAAGUGAAGGCACAAUUGAUGGAAGCUGUUGAGUGGCCUCAAAAGCACCAGGAUGCAUUCGAGCGAAUUGGAACCUGCCCACCAACAGGAGUGUUGUUGUUUGGUCCCCCCUGGAUGCAGCAAAACGCUCAUGGCCCGUCCUGUAGCUUCUGAGGCAGGACUGAAUUUUCUGGCUGUCAAGUGUCCAGAGUUAUUCAGCAAGUGGGUUGAUGAAUCUGAGAAGGCUGUUAGAUCUCUUUUUGCCAAAGCAAGAGCUAACGCGCCAUCAGUUAUAUUUUUUGAUGAAAUAGACA